UUAGGUGAACAAUCUAGCCGAGAGCAUUCUUUCACUUUUUAUUCAAUGUAAUUUACAACGGACCUUAAUUUAGACACGCAUCAGCAAGUACAGACUUUUGAUAAACAAAUCCUUUGGCUGUUAGCAAACAUUUUCGUCUAUAUAUACCAGCUGUUGUGUGGUAAAAGGGUAUUAGAGGUAUUAGAGGUUUGUUGCCGCAUAUGGUCGGCGAUGAGUGAUUCUCGUUAUUCCUAAAAACCACACAAUUCAAAGUAAAUUUAUUCUCCGUCAUGUUUGGUCACAUCAUUAGAUAUUUGACUCCGAAAAUAACUUUGAAUUGUAGUUCUGUUCCUGCUAUUUUGGUUUGACUGUCAUCACAGAAAGUAAGUGCAAGAAAUUCUGUCAGCCAGCAAUUCUGAAAGUCCACUUAAGAGAAAGAGAGAGAGAGAGAGAUCUUUGACCUUCAACGACACCUCAACAACCAUUCCUUCGAACUCUAACAUGGAGCUUAUGUUGAUAGCUCUGCUCGUAAUAGCCACUGUCCCUUGGAAUUUAGACGCUUUCAAUGUUGAUACAAGUAAAGCUCAGAUAUUUUCGCCCCCUUCAGGCUAUAAAGGAAGCUACUUUGGUUAUUCUGUAGCUCUACAUUCUUAUUCAACAGACAAAUGGUUACUUGUUGGUGCACCAUUAAGUAAUGUUUCUGAUCUUGCUAGUAGCAGUAGUUCCUUAAGUCUUAAAAAUUAUGGUGCCAUUUUCAAGUGUAAGGUCCCGUCAUCAUCUCCUAGCUGUAUAUAUAUACCUAUAGACAACACAGCUAAUGAGAAAAGGCAAGGCCGCCUCAAUAACCAGCCAACUCAACUGGAAAUGGAAACCAAACAAAACCAGUGGCUUGGUGCAGUCCUUGAAAGCACUGGGAAAAACGGAAAAGUUGUGACAUGCGCUCCAAGAUAUGCGUACCGUGGUGAGCCACCACAAGACUCCUCUACCUUCCAAUAUAAAUGGAUACUAGGACGAUGCUUUGAAGUGGAGACAUCUCUGAUCAGAGCCAAAUCAACCAUCAUUGAGCCAUGUUUGGAUAAGAAGAAAGGCAACAACUACUAUGGCUACUGUCAGUCUGGUUUUAGUGCUAAAAUAACUGCAGACAAAGAACCGUACAUCGCGAUGGGUGCUGUUGGUGUGAGUCGCUGGAAAGGUGGAGUAAUCACGUAUUCCCCAGCUUUUAAAACUACUACGUUAUCUACUCAAGACCAAAUCGACCACGGUAACUACAUGGGUUAUUCAGUGACAAGUGGAUACUUUGGCUUAGCCAAUAAGACAGGAAUCGCUGGUGGUGCACCAAGAGCAGAGAAUAUCAAGGGCAAGGUCCUGAUUUAUCAAAUAGAAGGACAGUUAACAGUCAGUGCAGCGCUACCACAGCCAAAGAAUAUCAAGAUGGGAAGCUACUUUGGUAGUGUACUGUGUUCUGUUGACCUCAAUAAAGAUGGCUACACAGACAUGCUGGUUGGUGCUCCUUUGUACUCUGAUGUCGGAGAUGAAGGACGCGUCUUUGUUUACAUGAACAAUAAAAGGGGUGCUCUUAAUCUAAUGCCCGACAUGGAUCUCACCGGUGACAAGGUGGCAGAAGGGCGAUUUGGUUCGUCAAUAGCUAGUGUAGGGGAUCUGAAUAAAGAUGGAUUUGAAGAUGUAGCUAUUGGAGCCCCAUACGAAGGCAGUGGAGCAGUGUACAUCUACCAUGGUACAAUGACUGGUAUUGACCCCAAACACAAACAGAAAAUCAUGGGAUCCGAAGUGCAGUCAAGUCUUUCCCAGUUUGGUCAGUCUAUAACAGGAGGACUUGAUGUUGAUGACAAUAGCUAUCCAGAUAUUGCAGUCGGUGCUUUUGGAUCUGACCAAGUAGUUCUUUUUUUGACACAAGAGGUUUUAAACGUCGAGGCGGAAGUAAAACUCAACGUGCAGCGAAUCGUGCUUGAGAACAACGAGACGACUUGUAGUGAAAGUGACAAUACACUACACAAAUGUCUAAAUGUAACUGUGUGCUUCAGAAACCUAGAAACACAGCGUACAGAUCUUAAUAUUUCCUACAAGGUCGAGCUUGACAGAGAUAAGGGAUCCGAUGCAUUAAAGCGAAUGUACUUCUACAAAAACGACCAGAAAAGCUUCGUUGCAAGCCGACAACGACUCAUGCCUUUUAAAAGCCAAGAGCGAGUCUGUUUAUCACCAUAUACUGUACAUCUGAGGGAAAAAGAUCGCAUCGUAGACCUCUUGAGUGUGUUGACGUUUGACCUGUCAUUCGAUCUCGCUGACACUCCUUGUGGUAAAGUUCUGUGCCCUGUCCUCAAUUCCUACAAAUCCAAACUUACUCGAGCAGUUGCAACGUUCCAAAAACAAUGUGGGAGUGAUAUCUGUAAACCAGACUUGAGUGUAACGGGCAACCUAGUGAUACCAGGGAAUCUAAAAGAAAUACACAUAGGUACUGUGCAAGAGGUGACGCUGGUUGUUGAGGUGAAAAACAAAGCUGGCGAUGCAGCAUAUCUCAGUCAAGUUCUUAUUUCUUACCCGACAACCUUUGACUACAUUGGCCCAAGAGCAUCUGAUCUUGUCCGGUGUACUACUUCUGCUACCAGGAACGGGACCGAAACAGCCACUUGUACUGUUGGUAAUCCACUCAAGGGGAACUCCAAUAAAACGUUUGGCAUUAAAUUUGGGACGACAGAACUAGUAAAUGAUUUCUACAUCACCAUAACGGCAAAAAGUGCCAAUGAAGAUUUGAAUAAAAAAGACAAUGAAGUCAAACUUAAAGUGGGGGUCAAGUUCGAGGCUGACUUGGAAGUCGUGGGUUCAUCGGUUCCUGAUGAAGUGAUAUACGAAGGCAAGGCUAAGGAAAGAUCCGAGAUCAAGACCCAGAGAGACAUCGGGCCAAAGAUUGCACAAACUAUCAUCGUACAAAACAAUGGGCCAAGUAAAGUAGACGGUUCGGAAAUCACCAUAAAUGUUCCAAGUCAAUCUCUGGGCGACGCCAAGGGCUAUUUAUUAUACAUGCUGCAAGUGGAGCUGACUGGGGCAAGUGGGAGCUGCAUCACAAAAGGAGUAUUGAAUCCCGAAAAUAUACCGGUUGGAAAUAUCACGAGUGAAUCAAAAGAAUCAAGACGAAAAAGACGUGAUGUUACUUAUCUGGAUUGCCGACGCACUACUUGUAAACGAUUCAAAUGCCAAUUAGGUUUAUUACUUCCUGGGGAGAAAGCAGAAGUCACGAUAAGAUCACGACUUUGGCAAAGUACUCUGAUCAGGAAAAACCCUGGUUCAGUUAAAAUAGAAACCGUUGCUACCGUAUCGAUACCGGACAAGCGCUACACUCAACCAAAUACGGAGAACGACUAUGUCAAGAUCAUAAUCAAUGCAAGUCCAGUAUCCACUGGUCAAGCAAAGCAAAAAACCCCAUGGUGGGUGUAUUUCCUGGCUGCCUUGGGAGGUGUUCUCUUGCUGGCCAUAGCUGUAGGAAUCAUGUACAAGUUGAACUUUUUCAAGCGCAAUAGAUAUGCCAAAGACAUCUCUGAACCAGUUGUAGAUCACGCGGGAAGUGAUAAUCAUGCCUCAACAGCAUAAAGUAACGUGUAUAAUUUGCAAUGUAUUAUAGUAUCAUUGUGUUUGACUAAUCGUCUUCUACCAAAGAAAUUUAUUCAAUAUCACUUUUUUUUUCUUUACUCCAUCGAUGGGUUUCAAUCAGCAGAUUAAAGUCUUUUUGAAUAUAAUUAUUAUCUUGCGCUGGAAGUUUUCAUUGAAAACUUGCGAUUCAACUGAUAAACAUUCCGUUCAAGAAAUGAAGUGAAGUUAAGAGAAAUCAGGCAAUUCGGAAACUCUUAUUUCGAUGUAAGAACUCGUAAUUAACACAACCAAUAAGGUCCUCUAUUUUCAUCGGUCUUACUAGUACACAUAUAUGAGAUACGUCACUAUUGAUUUACAUAAUGAGCUUGGGUUUGAACCUGUAAAGGUCGCACGGUUAUCCGGCGCAUGCGCAAUUCAAGUAUUUUACCACUGCAAUGUCUUUCUUUCCCUUUUCUUCGCCAUCCCCUCCAUUGCGCUGUUGUGGUUCUUAAGAAAGAUCCACCAGAUCAGUUCCCAUUCUCAUAAGGAGUACAGUUAGACCAUUCGUUAGAAAUAGCUUUAGGAUACGUACUGUGAACCUCGCUAUUGUACUAACAUUUUUUAUGAACGUUUUUAUAGUUUUGAAUGUAAGAAAUUUUGAAUUGUAAAUGAAUAUUUCAUUAAUAAAAAUUCCCAAAGACUUUCUUCAUUUCAA